AUGCUCGGUCGAUCCUUACGUACCCUCAAACCAUUACUCACUUCUAAUCAUUAUGCGACACCAACUUUUCUCUCGCAAGCCACGCAAAGGUUCAGGUCUAUUGACGUCGCUUCCCAGAAUAUUGUAAAUGCCCCGGUUGAAAUACCUAUUGGAACACCCUCGUCAGAACCAGCUAUACAACCAAAUAUAGCAGCAGUAGAUGCUAAACAGUUGGAUAAUCCGCUUGCAGCGUACAAUCGCAAAUUGGACGCUUGUAGGCGUACCUCGAGAUAUCUUUCAAUAAGAAAUAUUUGUGAAGAAAUGCAAAGGGCAAACGUAAAGCCAGAUUUAUUAACAUAUAAUAUACUAUUAUCGGCUUACGAACCGCUUGGAAGCGUACCGGAAUCUUUGAAAUUGCUUGAUGACAUGGCUUUAGCUGGUGUAACUCCUGAUUUAACGACAUAUCAUAUUUUAUUGAGGACAUGUGCGAGUGCACCACGUGUUUCUCAGGACGCAUAUUAUCGCGAACUUAUUUUUGAUAUGAUCCAAAAGGACUGGAACUUACAACCGAAUAUUUAUACGCAUGAAUGUUAUUUAGAUGCUUUGUUAUCUAAUGGAGAACUUGAACGUAGUGUUGAAUAUUUGGAAACCUUAAAAAGUAAAAAUAUUCAACCACUUGUUAGAAUGUAUGGGAAUGUAAUUCAUUCGGCUAUCUCGUAUGGAGCGGUCGGUGAUGCGUUCGAACUGUUGAAGAUGGCAGAAGAUGACAAGUUACCGAUUUAUGUAAAUAUGUAUUAUGAUGUAUUGAGGAGUUGCGCGGAUGAUUAUAAUCUAGAUGGUGUUCUCUUUUGCUGGAAGAAAAUUCUAGAAAAAAAUUAUUCAGCACUUGACGAGGGUGCUUGUAUUGAUAUUCUCCACGUUGCCGCGAAGUUUGGUAAACCGCAACUUGCUGCACAGGUAAUCGUUUACCUAACAGAAAAUCGAAACGUGUCGUUAGAAUCCCACCAUCUUGAACCACUUUUGGAAGCCUUCAUCGGAGACAAUGAUUUCAAACAAGCCAUGGAUAUGUUAUCGAUAAUGCGUUCGACUCAAAUUGAUGUUAACAUCAGAACAGCUGCUCCAAUUGUCGAUGCUAUCCAGAAUGACGUCGAACUUAUUGACAAAGCAUAUUACGCUUUAGAGGAACUUCAUAAUGAAGGAAAAAAAAUUGAUAUAGUGGCAUUGAAUUCUAUUAUUAUUGCUUGUCGAGACGUUCGUAAAAGAGUCAAUGCUGAUGACUUGGAAAAAAAUAACACGGCUGACGCCGGAAAGUUUAUAUCUAACCCUGAUGUUCAUCGGGCGGUGGAGACAUAUAAAGCUGCUGAAAAACUAGGCGUUACACCGGACGUUCAUACAUUCAAUGCGUUACUUAAUGUCUGUGUUGCUGCACAACACCGAGAACUGGGCGAGCAAUUUUGGAAGGAAAUGAAAAAUAAGGGAAUAAGACCUACAAUAGAAUCAUAUCGUCGCAUGGUAUUUUUGUGUUGUUCACAACUUAACGACGACUACGAAGAUGCAUUCGUUUAUCUUGAGGAGAUGAAAGCACAGAACAUGUUGCCAACCCCCACCAUUUAUGAACGCAUCAUUCGAAAAUGUAUCCAACACGAUGAUGCGAGAGCUAAGAUAGCACUGGAAGAAAUGGAAAACUUUGGAUACAAACCUAGCUCUGCGCUUCAAGAUCUAUUAAGAUAUGGAGGUCAAGCUCCGAUUUUACCGAGGGAUUGGGGAAUGCGGAAUAUUGAUAGACAACGUAAACGAGUUGACAUGUAUCAACAAGAUAAUGAUAAUCGUGAUGAUACACCUAAAUCGAUUAAUACUAAGAUUGAGUUGAACGAUCUGGAUCAGUUCUUUAGUACGAUUACUAAAACAAAAAUAGCAAAAAAGUAG